AUGGCCAAUUUAAGCCUAACAGCCCUGUUUCCUCUGAGUGCUGGAGAAGACUAUUAUGGAGCAGACAAUGAAACUGUUUCCUACUACAAUAGCCACAGUGAUGAUGAUUCAGCAUCAAGCAAAGAGCUAGAACUAGUUAUAUUGACGAUCAGCUGCAUGUUAAUCAGCAUUUUGGGGCUUUGGGGGAAUGGGUCUGUCAUCUGGCUGCUUGGCUUCUGCAUUAAGAGGAACCCAUUCACCACUGUUAUCCUGAACCUCUCCAUUGCUGACUUUGGGUCACUCACAGCUAACUUUAUUCUGGACAUUAAUUGGAUUGCAUAUGGUAAUAGUACAGGCCUUCUGUAUGCAUUAUUUGAUGAUAUCUUCUUAGUCAUGUACAAUGCUGGGCAAUUUUUACUGAUAGCAAUUAGCAUUGACAGGUGUGUGUCCAUCCUGUUCCCACUUUGGCAUCGAUGCCACCGACCAGUGAAUUUGUCCACCACCAUGUGUGCCAUUAUAUGGGUACUCUCUUUCCUUCUCCCUGCUGCUAACUUCACUGUUCAGCUGACUGUUGACAUGACUUAUCAGAGCAUAAACAGUUACCAGUAUAUUUUAAAUGGCUUCCUUUGCCUCCCACUCAUAACUAUCUCCACUCUGAUUCUCUUCAUCAAGUUCUGCUUUAAAUCACAACAGCAGGGGCGGAUGACCAUCUUGUUGACUUUGUUCUUCUUCCUCUUUUUUUCUUUUCCGUUGAAUGGCAUUUACAUUGCCGUGUAUGUUUUUCAUUCCCCAUUUACACAUCAUUUACUUUAUGUCUACUUAUGUUUCUGCAUGAACAGCAGUGUUAACCCUUUGACCUAUUUCCUUAUUGGAAGACUGAAGAGAGGCAGACCAAAGAAGAGCAUGAAAGCCAUACUCCAGAAUCUUUUCAAAGAGGAAAAAAAACUCUCCAGAUAA